AUAGAAACAAAAAAUAAUAAAAAAACAAUUUUCAAUUCGGCGCACCUUUUAAUUUUAUCUCAUCGCCUCGUCGGAAGAUUCCUCAGCAUCUGAACUGAAAUCGGAGACGAUCAUCGGGGGACUUGCGUGUCCGUCUUCGAAAUCUGUAAAUUCUUCUUCCGUGGAAUCAUCAUCUUCGCGGAUUUCUACGACCGGAACGGGUGGUAGCCCGAGGUAAUGUCCGAUUGUGCUUCGAAGGGAGCCGAUUAAAGCAUCAUAUAAACGUCUGAAUAGACGUCUGAGCAGAGUAUGGUAAAGGCGGUGGUACAACCUUUUUUCUAGUCUGGAAAUAGAGAGAAAGUAACAAUCGUUAUGCGAGAGCUUUUGAAAUUACAGGCUCGCAGUGAUGUCGAACGACGAUAACCACGAUGGACAAAGGUACUGCAACGUAUGUGGAGCGUGGUAUAAUCUCGGAGAGAAGCACGAAAGGACCCUCUCACACAUACGGACCCUUGCUGCUCUCGAAGAACCUGUCACUCUCGUGGAAUCCGCGUUUCGAAGUCGUUACCAGACCUUCUUUCUGAGGAACCUCAACGCGAAUCAGUUGGACUACGAGCGAUAUAUGAAGGAUGACACGGCACCCGUUAUACAUCACAAGAUCCGGGACUCCCUGAUCGAGCUGACGUCGGUGAAAGUGAACAUUGUCGUCUACUCGCUGUACAAGAAACCCGAAGACGAUCCGGAGAACAAGAAGAAGGAGGAGAAGAAAUAUGUAUCCUUUAAAACGACUAAUUAUACUUAUUUCAGGGAAAGCGAUAUCGAAGGCAUAACUUCUGAGAUGGCAGAAAGCAUCAUUCAAGAAGCUAUCGAAUGCACCAUGAACGAAUCAGGGUACACUCUCGAGAAGAUCAUCGGUACGGAACUGAGGAUCAACUUUAACAGCGCACUCUCCAAAGGAUCCAGUUACCUUCCAUUGCCGUUCACCACGAACGCGGUGGUAAAUGUGAAGAACGAGGAUCACAUGUGCUUCAAGUACGCGGUCCUGGGGAAACAUCUACCUCCGGAUACGAUUAACAAGUAUCGAGUGACCAAGUACACUCCCUACUUGCAACGCUACGAUUUUUCUUGUGUUCCCUUCCCGACAUCCGUGCAAGAUGUCUCAAAAUUUGAAAAAAGGAACGACGUCUCGAUUUCAGUGUUCGGAAUCGACGGAUAUGACGACAGCGACAGCGAGGACGAAGAGGAAACUGAACGCGGAGAGUACGCUGAUAUCGGACUCGGUCCUGAUGACUACAUUCAAGGCGCCAGUGACGAUGAUGCCGAAGAAGAUGUUGACGAGCCAGACGACGUCUUUGUGGUUGAUGCCAGACCUAAGAAGAAGAAGAAGGUGUCUAAGAAGAAGAAGAAGGAACCAAAGAAGAAACCGCAAAUCUAUCCCUUACGUGUUUCCAGAGAAGAGAAACCGGAUCACACCGAUCUUUUGUACUUCACGAAGGGCAAAAAAUCUCACUGGUGUUACAUUUCAGAUUUUGAGAAACUGGUUAGGAGUCAGUUGACGAAACAUCAGCACAAGAUCUUCAUAUGCAAGGCGUGUUUCUACUUCAACAAAAACGAAGAUAGUCUGACAAGGCACAAGCAAGAGUGCGAUAAGCUUAUAAAGAGAGAAGCCCGGAUCGAGUACCCCGCAGAUAAAGAAUGUGUGCUGCAGUUCAAGGACCAUUCGAAAGCUCUGACACACAAAUACGUCGCCUAUUGCGACUUCGAGUGCUACCUGGAGGAUGUCGAUUUCGAUCCUAACCAACCGACGUUCGCCUACCAAUAUCACAAGACCAUGUCUUUCGCCUACACGGUCGUCUCGCCUGAUCCUGAGAUUAAUACGGACGAGCCGAUUCUCUAUCGUGGACCGGACGCUCACAACGUUUUCCUGGACGCCAUGAUCGGGCUUGCAGAACGGAUAUCUGAGAGGUUCCAGAUCGAAAAAGACAUAAGGAUGGACGCUGAAGCCGAGGCGGCUUUCCAAGCAGUAACCGAGUGCCAGCUGUGCGACUUACCUUUUUCCAAAGACAAUCCUAAAGUGAGGGAUCACGACCACCAAUACGUCGACCCGGAGAAAUCUAAUUACAGGAUGGCUCUUUGUAGAAGAUGUAACUUGCAGUUCAAGCAUCCCAAAACAUUGAUGGUCGUCUUCCAUAACGGCUCUCCGUACGAUUUCCACAAAGUGGUCAAGGCCUUGAGCGGCAGAAACCUCAAGCCCGAGAUCAUCGCGCAGACGAGCGAGCGGUACAUCACCAUCAACGUGAGGUCCGGAAAAGGCGUAAAGAUACAAUUCAUCGACAGCUUCAAAUUCUUGGCUGCGUCGCUGGAGAAACUAGCCUCAACGCUACCCGACGAGGCGUUCAUCCGCACACGUUCUUUGUGCUCAACGCCGGAACAGUUGGAGAUUGCGAAGCAGAAAGCAGUAUUCUGUUACGACUACGUCACCGACGAAACCAAGUUGGAAGUUACACAACCGCCACCAAAAGAGGAGUUCUACAGUAAACUGAAAUCGGAGCAUAUUUCAGAUGCCGACUACGCACGAUUCUGCAAGACAUGGGAGUUGUUCGGCUUUGAAAAUUUAGGAGAAUACGUGGACUUUUAUCUGAAACUAGACGUGUGUCUCCUGGCCGAUGUAUUUCAAGAGUUCAGGAAGUUCGGGCAGCAGCACUACAAACUUGAUCCGGCGAAUUUCCUUACCUUGCCCAGCUUCGCAUUUAGAGCUUUCCUGAAAAUGACAAAAGUAAAAAUAGACCUUUUCAAAGAAUCCCAACACGAGAUGACGACGAUGAUUCUGACUAGCAUCCGGGGUGGAAUCUCGCAAUCGAUGCUCCGACACGCAGUCGCCAACAAUCCCUAUCUGAAAGACUCGUACGAUCCUCGAGAACCGGAAACGUACCUGGCCUACUUUGACGUCACCGCCUUGUACGCCUUCACAAUGUGCAAGCCUUUGCCUCGAGGGGAUUACCGAUGGUUGGAGCCGCACGAACUAAUCACCUUCACGGAGGACAAGAUCCGUUCGCUGGAUGAAAACGGAGACAUCGGAUAUAUCUUCGAGGUGGACCUAGAGUACCCGGAAGAGCUGCAUGACAAACAUGUGGAUUUACCCUUCUGCUGCGAAAAUCAAGUACCGCCGCAACUCGGAUCUAAACAUCCAAAAUUGUUAACAACGUUGGAACACAAAAGGAAGUACACCAUCCAUUACGUUGCGCUGAAACAGGCGUUGAAACACGGGCUCAAACUGUCAGCUCUGCGUCGAGGGAUCCGUUUCCAUCAGCGACCCUACCUUCGGGAGUUCAUCGAGCUCAACGCCCGCCUACGUCAAGAGGCGAAAGGGAACGAAUUCCACCAAUCCCUGCUGAAACUGUGCUCCAACGCCUGCUAUGGUAAAUUUCUUGAGAAUCCGCUCAAGCGGAAGAAGAUGCUCCUCGCUUCUACGGAGCAGAGAAUGGCCAAACUCAUCCGAAGAGCGGACUUCCUGGAUCGGAAGAUUUUCGAUCAGAAAUUGGCAGUUGUGGAACUGCACAAAAAGACCGUCAAAUUCGAUCGCCCCGGAAUCGUCGGGUUUUCCAUUUUAGACCUGUCCAAGGUCCACAUGUACCAGUUCCACUACGAAGAGAUGUUGAAACGGUAUCCCAGAGAGAACGUCCACUUAGUCUAUAUGGAUACGGACAGUUUUAUCUACUCGGUGAAGACUCCCGAUCUCUACGCCGACCUCCGCCUAAAUUUGAACAUCUUCGACACCUCCAACUACCCGAAGGACCACCCCUGCUUCUCGGAUAAAAACUACAAGGUUAUGGGGACUUUCAAAGACGAGACGGGAGGAGAUCCGAUCGUCGAGGUCGUCGCCAUCAGAGCCAAGCUUUACUUGUAUCGAACAGCGAGCAAGAUGGACAAACGAGCCAAAGGAGUGCAGAAGAGCGUAGUCCAAAAGUCGAUCGGAUUGGACGAUUUCAUAGACGGGAUAUAUCAAAACAAGGAUGCUUACAGAGACGUCAGAACGAUAACAAGCAAGAAGCAUGAAAUUUAUACCGUUCAGAGUAGGAAGAAAGCCAUCUGCAGUUACGAUGACAAACGGUUCAUCCUGCAAGGUAACGUAGUGUCUCUACCCUUCGGACACUACGCCCUGAAGAAACGCAGCGAUUGGGCGGAACACCUGCAAGUUCGACUGGCGGGAAUCAUCCUUCUGCGCUCUCACGACCGGAGAACGGGAGUCAACCUUCGAGAAAACCUCGAACGGAUCGAAAAUUUACGGUUGGCGUUGAUCAAAGCAACAUGGUUGGGAGAGAAACGGAAAAGACCGGCGGAAGAUUCUUCAGAUGAUGUUUAUUCUGUAAAGAGAUGUUGUUCCGCCAAUACCCUUCUUUUGUAAUUCCCAUUUUUUGU